AUGCAGGCGGUUGAACAAGGCUGUAAUGUCUGUACAUUGCUGCACGAUGCGCUUCCACCUGGCCUCGCUGCUCACCUUGAGAAGCUUGCUCCAGUGAUUCUUAAGAACACAGCCUGGCCUAUGGAUGAGGCUUUCGAUGCUUUCCUGAUAUGGACAAAACUCGCUAUUUCUCAUGGAUACCCAGGUGUCGGAAUCUCUUUAGAGUUCAAUGCGUCAACGAAACCGUCGGAAGGACCACCCCGAGAGCCAAAAGAUGCCAUUCUUGUUCAGUUGGAUGUCGACCCUGGCUCUCUGGCUAGCCCUGUAUCGUUACAAGGGAAUCCCUCCAGCGAAUCACGUGCUGCUUGGAGUCUGAUGAGGUAUUGGAUCAGUCAAUGUAAACAAAAACACCUGGACGGCGGUCUCCGGACUGCUGUCACAGGGCAAUGGUACCCAACUCGACUACUCGAUCUGGGACACCUCGCAUCGAUAAGCACGCUACGGCUCAUUGAGACAGCUGCCAGCCCAUCACAGGGCCCUUACCUAACGCUCAGCCACUGCUGGGGGAAGAAGCAGCUGACCUGUGCCACGAAAGAGAAUCUGCAAAGUCUGUAUAGUGGCAUCACCAAUCUACCACAAACAUUCCAAGACGCCAUCGCUGCAACGAGAAACCUGGGCUAUCGUUAUCUCUGGAUAGCAAGUUUAUGCAUCGUGCAAAAUGAUCCGGGAGAUUGGGCCAGAGAAGCAGCUCUGAUGCAUAGAGUAUACACCGAGGCAGAUUGUAACCUUGCCGCAGCAGCGCCACGAGACAGCAUUGGAGGCCUGUUCUUCAAAUGCCAGGGAUUGUACGGCCAGUGUGUCGUGAAGAGCCGUGCGUGGGUAUACCAAGAGUGGCUGAUGUCAAAGAGAACGAUUCACUUUGCCAAGAGCCAGGUCUUCUGGGAGUGCGAUCAUCUCUGCGCUUGUGAAGUAUUUCCUGAUGGCCUUCCUAACUCCAUUAGACACGAUGGAAAAUUGAAGUUUGCAGAGGACCUUGGUAAUGCGAAAUGUCUGUUGAGCCGAGACGUGAACGUAAAUGCAAGUCGCAUUGGUCCAGAUCCAUUCGAGCUUUGGUCAGGUCUCAUUACGCACUACACUUCUCGCGACAUGACAAAAUCCAAUGAUCGAUUGCCCGCCUUAUCCGGUAUCGCAAAAUGGCUACAGCCGCAUCUCGGAAAUCCGGAAUACCUAGCUGGUCUUUGGAACAACAGCGAUCUUGUUCGCCAGCUUGCGUGGUAUUCAUGCACUACCAAGAACCCAAGGCCGCAAUACAGAGCUCCGAGUUGGUCAUGGGCAUCAAUUGAUGGCCCCAUAUUUUGGGCAAAUCCGCCCGGAUAUUUUACUCCUCACUCAGAGAUCAUCGACAUCUCGACCACUCCUAGCGGCAGUGAUCCGACAGGACCAGUUACUUGUGGUCACAUCCUGAUCCAAGGUAAUAUGGGCCGCGUACAGAUUGUUGAUCACAAGGCGGGUCUGGUUCUGCGCAGAGAGGACGACGUGAAAGAGAUUUCUAAGCGUCACGUCACGAUCCGCAGGUUCGAUGUCAACGGCCUGCAGUGUGGCCUGUACUACGUACUUCACCUUGGCAUAUACAUCAUCCAACCGAAUAAGAUGCGCUCUUCAUCUUCAGUGGACUAUCUUUCCGCUACAUAUUUAGUUCUUAGACCUGUGACUGGACAGCAUGGGACUUUUAAGCGAUGUGGGCUUGUCGACGAGCAUUGCCCUAAAGAUGAUGAAUAUCAAACACUCACGGGCAGAGGGCCACAGAGCAGGCAAGACAUACCUUGUGAAGAGUAUGUUGAGGUUGAAGGAAGUUCCAGGGUCCGUAUAAUAUAG